ACAAACCUGAUUUUGCUGCUGUGCUAAGUGCUGAGUUUGGGAUCGCUCAGGAAGGUUUUGGCAAACCACCCAUGGGUACUUCCCCAGCUUCACUAAAAUUCAGGAGAAGAUCAACCAUUGGCUUGAGGGGAUCACCAGAAAACAACUCCCUGAUCAGGUACCUGGCCCAGCAGAGGAGCAGCAGGCAGAAAGAAGCUUUCACCCAGAUCUCUCCUUUCAAACCUGCAAAUGUGAGGUCACUGAAGGACAAGAUUGAUGCUUUCCAAGCCUCCUUUGAAUCCCUGCAAGAAGCUGAGGGGGAGCCUUCCAAGGAAGGAGAUUCCUCUCAGGACAAAACACCUUUUAAAAAAGAGCCAAACCUGGAGCAGUGGAAUGAAAAGUUCAUGUUGGGCAACAGAGGAGCUGCUUUGAAGGAAAAUUUAAGUGAAAAUGGGAGCAAGAGCAGCAGGAGGGAGCUCAGCAUCUUGUCCCCACAGCCAGCUGUGACUGCCACUGCUGCAAAGAAAUACUCCAACAGUGCCUUUGACAGAGGAGAUGAAUCUGCUGCAGUCUCCAGUUGUGUGAAAACCUUUGAACCAUUGCAAACAGACACAAGUGCCAGCCAGAGCUCCAGAACACCAAAGAAGAAAAAAGUGACAUUUGGGGACGCUCUGAGCCCCGAAAUCUUUGACCAGAGCCUCCCUGCCAACACCCCCCUGCGCAGGGGAGCCUCCCCAGGCUGUGCUCCCCAGAGCCCCUGGGGCAGCCUGCAGGGCAGGCUGCGCCUGAGGACACUGAAGGGAGCAGCUCUGGAGCCACAGCCACAGAGGGUGACAAAGCCAGAGGGUGACAAAGACACUGAGGAUGGCAAAGCCACUGAGAACCCAAAAAGGAGCAAGAUCCAGAGACAGAAAAAUCCAACCACAACUGCUCCAAGAAGACCAAGAAAACAAAAUACCCAAGCUUUGGGAGAAGAAAAAGAAAAAGUCAUGAAAUGUUUAUAUGGAGAAAGAGAAAUGGCUUCUAAGAAACCCCUCCUCAGCCCCAUCCCUGAAAUUCCAGAGCUUUUCUCUUUUGUCUCAUCUCCAAGCUCACCACUCCUUACAGAGGGUGCAGGUCUGGCUGAGCCCACACCCAGGGGUGCCUGCAGGGCCAGGGACACCCCCAGGAGCCCCAGGCUGGCAGGAUCUGUGCCAGGGGGCUCUGUGCAGCUGCUGCUGCAGGGAGCUGCUGGCACUGCUCAGUUUUCAAAUGCUGUGCCAGAUGCAGGAAGUGCUUUUGAUACAUCUGAGUAUUUCCAGCAAGGUGAAGAGGCUCCAUGUGAAACAGAAACAAAAGAAAGCAGUUCCUUGUUAGAAAAGGAGGGAUUGCCAGGAAAUCUCCUGGCUGGAAUGGAAAUUGUGCAGGAGGAUCCAGUCAGAGCUGAUCCAGCAAGGAGAAGAAGAAGGAGCAGCACUUCCUUCCCCUUCCCUCCUGCUGAAAAGUUAGAAAUCAGUGAAGCUGAUGUUGCAGUUUGUUCCUACAGCCUGGAGCAGGUUCUGGCAGGGUCCCUGCAGGGCUGCAGGAGCAGCAGGGCCAGCACUGAGCUCAGGGUGAGGCGCAGCAUGAGGCUGAGCAGGGGGGCAGCCACCGAGGGCCUGGCCUGGGUCCAGCUGCCCCCUGAGCUUCCCAAGCAGCCUCCCCGAGGCAGGAGGAGCAGCAGCAGCUCCAUCCUGGCAGGAGCUGAGAAUAUUCACCCCAGGGAGCAAAACCUGCUCCCCUUGGCAGCCCCAGGGAAGGAGAAUGAGGGCUCUGCUCCUGCCAGGAGGAUGAGGAGGAGGAGCCUCUGUGAAGCCACAGCUCCAGAAAUGCCCCAGGCUCCCAACCAGAGGAGGAGAAGCACAAAUUCUGUGUGUAGGAAGGACAGCAGGAACCAAAACCACUCAGAAGCAGCAGAAACUCUUGAGCUGAGAUUGAAAGAUGUUUCAGGCAUCUCUGAUUUUCUGAAGUGAAGGUGCUGCUUAGAGCUUGUGUUGUCUCAAGUACAGUUUUCUUCUCUUUCCCAACUUCUUAUUUUCUUACUCAUUUUCUGGAUAACUUAGAACUCACUUUCCUUGUCUUGGUGCCUAAAAUGCCUGAAGAUCUGAACUGUGUGGCAGACUGGCUCAGAGCAUUGCUCUGGGACAGUUUUAUGGCAGAUAAUGAAGAGAAUAAAAUUCUUCUCCCUGAUCAAUGUGGGUUUGCUUUUUGGAGUUAAACCAUGGAGCUCCUGUUCCUCCAAGGGUUUGUUUCCCAUGUGCUUGACCAUUCCCUAUAAAUUGCUGGUGAAAUCU